UCAAUUUUUUUUAUCAUUAAAAUUCGAAUUCUUGAAAAUUUUUAUUUUAAUAUCGAUUGAUUAUUGAUUCAAAUGGGUAAAAAACAGCAUCAAAAAGAUAAACUAUAUUUAACAGCAACAGAAUGGCGAACAUUAUAUGGUGGUCGACGUGCCAAUGAUGAAUAUCAUAGCCACCAAGAAGGUUUAGAAUUCAAACGUUUACCAUAUGAUCAUUGUUCAUUAUCAUUGCAACCAUUCCGUAAUCCAUAUUGUACAAAUAAUGGUGUUAUAUAUGAUCUAAUGAGUAUUGUACCAUUCAUACAAAAACAUGGUAUCGAUCCAUGUACUGGUGAGAAAAUUGAACUGAAACAAUUGAUUAAAUUGAAUUUUCAUAAAAAUUCUGAUGAUAAUCGUUACCAUUGUCCAGUAUUGUUUAAGGUGUUCAAUGAAAAUACUCAUAUUGUGGCCAUCAAAACAACGGGAAAUGUUUUUAGCUAUGAAGCUGUUGAACAAUUGAAUUUGAAAACAAAUCAUCUGUUUGAUUUGAUAACAGAUCAAUCAUUCACCAAGAAGGAUAUUAUCGAAAUUCAGAAUCCAAUUAAUUUGAAAAAAUUCAAUAUCAAUGAUUUUUAUUAUGUUAAAAAUAAUCUUAAUGUUUCCGAAGAUAAUGAUGAAAAAUCAAAUCUACGUACAAUCAAUCCGGAAACAAGAGAAACAUUGAAAGAAUUGAGCACUAUAGAUGGUGGUGGAAAUGAAUUUCUUAAAAAUCUUUCCAAAGAUCAACAAUCAUCAUCAUCAUCAUCAUCGACGAAGACAAUUAUGAAGACAGAUAAAUUCAAUGCAGCACAUUAUUCAACUGGCCAUGCUGCUGCAUCAUUCACAUCGACAGUAAUGCCUGUUGUAUCAAGUGUUGAAGCGGCUCAAAUCGAUCAAUAUGAAAUACGUUAUCAAUUUGUCAAGAAAAAAGGUUAUGUUCGUUUGAUUACGAAUUUUGGCAAUCUGAAUCUGGAAUUAUAUUGCGAUAAAGUACCACGUACAUGUGAUAAUUUUAUUCAACUUUGUCAUCGUGGUUAUUAUGAUAAUUGUCGAUUUCAUCGAUUGAUUAAAAAUUUUAUGCUACAAGGUGGUGAUCCAACCAGCACGGGUAAAGGUGGUGAAUCAGCUUUUGGUAAACCAUUUGAUGAUGAAUUCUGUAAACUAUAUUCACAUGAAGGUAGAGGCAUAUUAAGUAUGGCUAAUCAUGGACCAAAUACAAAUCAAUCACAAUUUUUUAUAACAUUUCGUUCAUGUAAAUAUCUGGAUAAUAAACAUACAAUUUUUGGCCAACUAGUUGGUGGAAUGGAUGUAUUGAAUAAAAUUGAAUCGGUAAAAACUGAUGCUAAAACUGAUCGUCCAUUAGAAGAUAUUGUCAUACAGAAAACUAUGGUUUUCGUCGAUCCAUAUAAAGAAGCCGAUGAAUUGAUUGAAAAUGAACGACAAAAAGAAAAGGAAAAGCAACAACGAUCAUCCACAAUGAAAAAAAACGAUGACAAGCCGAAAAAAUUACGAAAAGGUGUCGGUGCCUUUAUCAAUUUGAAUGCCAUCCACGAUGAUGAUGGUGAUGAUGAUGAUGACGAGUGUGUUCCGAAAAAAAUUUCCAAAACUAAAAAAACAACUAUAAAAUCAACAUUUGGUGAUUUUAAAAAUUGGUAA